AUGCAAUGUAAAAUAAUCUUCGUGGAUUUCUUAGUUGUCUUUAUCACCAACAAAUCCACCCAAAAAGAAAAAGAAAAAGUUGCCAACAGGCUUCCCUCGCUCAUAAGAUGCUUUCUUAUUAAAAGAAAAGAAACCCAGAGGCCAUCCCCUUCCCAGCUCUUUGAUCAGCCUGUUUACUUCUCCGGCACCCAAUCAAACGUCAGUCAUUCAAUGACAUACGACGUCUUCCUGAGUUUCAGAGGCAAGGACACGCGAUUCAACUUUACUGAUCAUCUGCACAGUAAUUUGACUCUGAAGGGAAUUAGAACCUUCAUAGAUGAUGGUCUUAAGAGAGGGGAAGAAAUAUCACCGGCCCUUCUCAGAGCGAUCGAAGAGUCGAAGAUUUCCAUAAUCGUGUUCUCCAAAAACUAUGCAUCUUCGAAGUGGUGCUUGGAUGAACUCGACAAGAUCCUUGAGAGUAAAGAAACAAGGGAGCAAAUAGUUUGGCCUGUUUUUUACAAGGUGGAUCCGUCGGAUGUACGGCAUCAAAGGGGCAGUUUCGGUCAGGCACUUGCUGACUAUGAAUGCGAGUUCAAAGAUGACAUGGAGAAGGUGCAAAGAUGGAGGAGAAGUCUUACGAAAGCAGCCAAUCUGUCCGGAUGGUGUUUCAUGAACGGGCAUGAAUCAAAAUUAUUGACAACAUCGUUGAAGCUAUUUCAUUACAAGUAUUAAACCAUGUGUAUUUGAAUGUAGCAAAGUACCCAGUUGGAAUAGAGUCUCGUGUGCGCGCGAUAGUUAAGCUUUUGGGUGUUGGAGGA